UGUCCAGCCGUCGGGAGUUCCUGGGUGGGGAAGCGUCCCCCGGAGUUGCUGACCAGAACCACAACUUUCCUUCCGCUACUCAGGAUGGGGGAGAGAAGGGACGCCGGCGGGACCCGGGGUGACGUCGAGGGGACAGCCCCACCGCAAGCGGCGAGGCGGGUUGGGCGCCUGGCGGGUUCUCCCAGCAAGCACAUUGUCGCCGCGCCCCCUGGCGGAUGCUAGCCCCGACGGGCUCCGGACGCGGAGAGAAUGCGGCCCCGCGGGGCAGCCUCCUCUCGUCACUUCAGCCAGCGCCGCAACUAUAAGAGGCGGUGCCGCCCGCCGUGGCCGCUUCAGCCCACCAGCCGGGACCGCGAGCCAUGCUGCUGGCCGCCCGCCUCCAGGUUCCUUAAAGCCAGACUGCGAACUUUCGCCACUGCCGCCACAGCCGCGUCCCGCCCCACUGUCGCGGGCAGCCGCCAAAGCCGCCGCAACUACAGCACAGAGCGGGCAAGGCCAGGCAGGCCAUGGGGUGCUGGGCGCUGCUGCCCAGCUGGGUUUCUCCUGCGCUGCUACUGGCGCUGGCCGCCCUGCCCGCAGCUCUGGCGGCCAACAGCAGCGGCCGAUGGUGGGGCAUCGUAAACGUCGCUUCCUCCACGAACCUGCUAACUGACUCCAAGAGCCUGCAGCUGGUGCUGGAGCCCAGUCUGCAGCUCCUGAGCCGCAAACAGCGGCGCCUGAUCCGGCAGAACCCAGGCAUCCUGCACAGCGUGAGCGGGGGGCUGCAGAGCGCCGUGCGCGAGUGCAAGUGGCAAUUCCGGAACCGCCGCUGGAACUGCCCCACCGCGCCGGGGCCCCACCUCUUCGGCAAGAUCGUCAACCGAGGCUGCCGGGAAACAGCUUUUAUCUUCGCCAUCACCUCUGCGGGGGUCACCCACUCGGUGGCGCGCUCCUGCUCCGAGGGUUCCAUCGAGUCUUGCACGUGCGACUAUCGGCGGCGCGGCCCCGGGGGCCCCGACUGGCACUGGGGGGGCUGCAGCGACAACAUCGACUUCGGCCGCCUCUUUGGCAGGGAAUUCGUGGACUCCGGGGAGAAGGGGCGGGACUUGCGCUUUCUCAUGAACCUGCACAACAACGAGGCGGGCCGCACGACCGUCUUCUCUGAGAUGCGCCAGGAGUGCAAGUGCCACGGCAUGUCGGGCUCGUGCACCGUGCGCACGUGCUGGAUGCGGCUGCCCACGCUGCGCGCCGUGGGCGACGUGCUGCGCGACCGCUUCGACGGCGCCUCGCGCGUUCUCUACGGCAACCGCGGUAGCAACCGCGCUUCGCGGGCGGAGCUGCUGCGCCUGGAGCCCGAGGACCCGGCGCACAAGCCGCCCUCCCCACACGACCUGGUCUACUUUGAGAAAUCGCCCAACUUCUGCACGUACAGCGGACGCCUGGGCACCGCGGGCACCACGGGGCGAGCCUGCAACAGCUCGUCGCCGGCUCUGGACGGCUGCGAGCUGCUGUGCUGCGGUCGGGGCCACCGCACGCGCACGCAGCGCGUCACCGAGCGCUGCAAUUGCACCUUCCACUGGUGCUGUCAUGUCAGCUGCCGCAACUGCACGCAUACGCGCGUGCUGCACGAGUGUCUGUGAGGCGCCGCGCUCGCUCGCGCCCGGGGAACGCUGGCCUCCAGCGCUUCCCCCAGACAGACUCGCUGGCCUGCCAGACCCUCAGAAGCGUCCCCACCCGCACCCCGUACCUCCAGCCACGUUCCCACGGUGGUGCAGAUGGUCCCUCCCACCUCCAUCUACCUGGGGACUCCUCAAACCACUUACCUGGGGCGGCACGCACCCUCUUGCCACUCUGAGGGAUCUGCCCCAGACCUACCUCCCUCCCUGUCCGCGGGAGACCCCCCUUGUUGCACUGCCCCCUUCCCCUGCUUGACCAGGUGAGAGAAGGAUUGGUCUUUUCCCCACUCUGAGGUCAGCUCCCUGCUCCAUGGUACCAGCGACCCCUGCGCCUCUCUCUUUCCCUCUUUGUCCUUUCUCUCUCGGUCUCCAUGCACCCCUUCCCCCUCCCAGCUUGCUAGGGGUGCAAACCCUGAAAACACACACAGGCACACGCACACACACACACACAUACACACACCUGGGCCAUCAGGGAAUUCUCCUCCCCGUGAGCAGCUGAAGCAGGAGAUUGCGGGGUGAAAAGGCAGCUGUGGUGAUGUGGACCAGGAGGCCCCCCUCCAGAAGGGGAUGAGGGUGGGGGGCAACCCAGCAGCAAUGCCCCCCACCCCGUUCUCCAAGCCUCUGCCCUGAAGCCAUUGAACAGCUGUGAGCCACCCUCAGCCACCUCCUACCCCUUCCUGUCCUGCCUUCUCAUUAGUGUGUAAAUAAUUUGCACUGACACGUGGAUACAAAGCCACGAAUUUGGUUGUUGUAAAUAAAACUAUUUAUUGUGCUGGGUUCCAGCCUGGUUUGCAGAGACCACCCCCCAACACCUCUCACCCCCCAGCCCCUCUCCUUUGGCCCCUGUACCCUUUCCUCUACUCUUCCCAGCUUCUCAAAGAUGCCUUUGCCCACCGGAAUCAGUAUUUCCUCCCACUGUAGCUAUUAGUGGCUCCUCGCCCCCAUCGGUGCAGUAUCUUCCU